UGAACUGAUCUCUAUCACCUGGAGAUAGCGGGAGAUCUCCAGGCACCGCCUGGAGUUCGGAGCACUCUUUUUGCUAUACAGCCAGCUGGAGCUUGGCCACCCGAGCAUGGCCGCGAGCGGCGGCGGGCCGGGCGCUGAUUGGCUGCCCCCGCGCUCGCCGGGCGGCCCGGUGGUGCGCACGGUGGAGAUGCACGCGGGCGGGGAGCCGCUGCGGGUGGUGCUGCCGGGCGGCCUGCCCGGGCUGGAGCCUCCGGGCGGCGGCGAAUUGCCGCUCCUGGCGCUGCGGCGCCGCCUCUUGACCUCGCCCGAGCUGGACGCCCUGCGGCGGCUGCUGAUGCACGAGCCCCGCGGGCACCGCGACAUGUACGGGGCGCUGCUGGUGCGCGGCGGCCAGGAGGAGGAGGAGGACGCCGGAGCCCUCUUCGUCCACAACGAGGGCGCCAGCUCCAUGUGCGGCCACGCCGUCCUCUGCCUGGCCCGCCUCGCCCUCGACUACGGCCUCCGCCGGCCUCCGCCCGCCGCCGCCGAGGAGGAGGAGGUCCCGGUCACCAUCCGCUGCCCCUGCGGGCCCGUCGUCGCCUUCGCCUCCUGGGACGGGCAGCGCAGCGGCAGCCGCGUCCGCUUCCACAGCGUGCCCGCCUUCGCCGACGCCACAGAUCUAACGGUAGACGUUCCCGGCUAUGGGAAAGUGGUGGUUGAUAUCGCAUACGGUGGCGCUUUUUAUGCAUUUCUCAGCGCUGAAAAGCUGGGCCUAGACGUGUGUUCUUCAAAGCUGAGGGAUCUUGUAGACGCAGCAUCUGCAGUAACCGAAGCAGUGAAGGCCCAGUACACUGUCUGCCAUCCUCACAUUAAAGAUGUGAGCUUCCUUUAUGGGACUAUACUGACCGAUGGCAAGGACGCCUUUAGCGAUGAGCCGACAAGCAACAUCUGUGUGUUUGCAGACGCACAGGUCGACCGAAGCCCUACUGGGUCAGGCGUGACGGCUCGCAUUGCCUUGCAAUACCAUAAAGGGCUCAUCCAGCUGGGCCAGACCAGGACUUUCAGAAGCAGCACAACUGGUUCCUUGUUCACUGGAAAAGCGGUGAAGGAAUCGAAAAGCGGUGACCACAAUGCUGUUAUCGUAGAAGUCUCCGGAGAAUCCUUUUAUACUGGAACAUCAGCCUUCACCCUGGAGGAGAAUGACCCAUUGAAAUAUGGGUUUCUUCUUAAAUGAUGUCAAGUUUCUGGCUUCGUAGAAACCUUGAUCAAAAAGAUGGGACUUUGAGGAAUAUGGCUUCCCGAAUAGGAGCUCUUAUACAGAGCUCCUGGAUCUUAACUCUUUGAGGGUGUUUAGAUGCUGGUGGGAGAGAACAAGAUUAAUCUCUCUCCUUCCCCUUCAAGACGAGGCACUUCGACAGGUAACCAUCUCUGGGACUGUGUAACAGAUGUAAGACGGCCGGAUUCCAUUGGGACAGUGCAGUAUUCCCUCUAAGCUGUGGAUUCUCGUGAGCCGGAAUUCUACUCCAUGAGCCAAAAGUGCUACUUGCAUAAACGCUGUCAGCGAGCCUCCUUAAUAUUCUAUAUUUUUAAAUUCAGUUUACAAACCUACAAACUAUAUUUACCAUACUAUUAUCAUUUUUCUUGAAAGUGAAAUACUCUAUAUUCUCUAGCUCCCUCAAACAGAAACAAAUGAGCACACAGUAAACACCACUUGCGGG